UCUCAGGCUCAGCACUACUCAGUUUGAUACGGGCAGUGAGUGAGUGUGGGUGUACGCGCGGCUCGGAGAAAGGCAAGGCUACCGAGGUUAGCACGAAUAAGAAGGACCUCCACCACCACCACCACCACCAUAACCUUCACCUCCAAUAAUCCUGCCUGUUCCGACCCACUCAUCUUCCCGUCUCAUCUCCACCCCGCCCACCUCCAUCUAUCUCCGCCCCACCCCACCCCGCCCCGCCCCGCCCACCCAGCAGUUGUGGGCGCAGGUGCCAUGUGAGGACCCUGAGGACUUCACCACCACCAGUACCACCACCAUCAUCACCACCACCGCCACCACCACCCCAGUAAGCGCAGCAGCCUAAGCAGCAGUGAUGGGUGACGUGGGCGUGGCACAGAGACCCGUCAAGGUAACAGUGGUGGGUGACGGCACGGUGGGCAAGACGUGCCUUCUCAUCUCCUACACAAGCGGCGAGUUUCCUGAGGAGUACGUGCCCACAGUGUUCGACAACUUCGCGGGCAAGCACACGGUGGAUGGGCGCGCCUAUUCCCUUAUGCUCUGGGACACCGCUGGCCAGGAGGAAUAUGAAAGACUGCGCCCUCUUUCCUACCCCGGGACACAUGUAUUUAUUGUGUGCUUCGCUUUGGACAACCGGGCAAGUUUUGAGAAUGUGUCAUCUAAGUGGCUUCCUGAACUCCAGCAGCACUGUCCCAAGGCUCCCAUAGUGCUAGUUGGCACUAAGAUGGACGUGAGGAACCUGGAUGUGUUGACUCAACGUGAUGGCAAGAAGUUGGUGAAGCGACACCGACUCUCCAAGUAUGUUGAGUGUUCAGCCAAGAGUCAGGAUGGGCUGCAGGAAGUGUUCACCAGCGCUGUGAUGGCCGCAGUGGGUCUUGGCCCGCGUCCUCGACCUUGCGUCAUUAUGUAGCGCUUUCUGUGUGGAGAGAAGAGAGUGUGAGAGAGUGUGAGGGUCCUCUGUCUCAAACUACUGGUUAUCAGGGGCAACAGGUGGUGAGGAGUAAGUGUAGCAUCUUCUAUUCAGUGAAGAGUGACUGCAGGACUCAGUGUAAGCAUGGCAUAUUUCAUGCUACACUACUCCUAAUUAUGUACUGUAUACUUUUAAAGAUAGAGGAGUGGUGAGGAGUGAGUGCAGGCCUAUGCUGUCUGUACCUCACACUCCUUCUUUAGACUUUAAAGGGGAGAGGAGAGGCAAAAAAUGAGUGUAGCACCUUCUGGAUCUCACACUACUCUGGGCUUUGUAGAUAUAUGAAGUAGUGGUGAGGAGAAAGUGUAAUUCCGAGAGGAAGCCUGAGCAUAGCGCCUUCUGUAUCUCACACCAGUCUUUAUUUUGUUUAUUCUUAUGGCAAGUAGUGGCAGUGUGAGCCUUGGAGCAGAUGAGACAGCCAAUUAAUCAAUCAGUCAGUUAUUUAGUCAAUCUUCAAAAACUCAGAUUUCUAUUCCAUUGAAACCCUCCAAGGGAAGAUUUUUGAGUGAUACGAAGAAGUAGGUACAGCUUUUCCCUUUAGAUAUAUAGACAUAUGGAAAACACUUGAAGAAGAGAUGAUGGAGGCAAGGAAAUUACAUCAACUUUUAGGAAAACAGAUAUUUGGACAAGACCAGGAGUGGUGGUAGAACCUAGAUUAAGUAAACUGAAGGAGAAGAAGGAGGAAGAGGUAAGGAAAAGGCUGGCUAACUUGAAAGGAGAAAAAGGAGGAUGAUGAGGAAGAGGAAACUGGCUAACUGCUCUACCUAGGAAGAAGAGGAGGAAGUGGAAGCUGCUUGACUGCUUUAUCUAGAAACAUAAGACAAAAAGGAAAAGGAAGAGAAGGAAGACAGGAUUGGCUGACUGCAUUAGCCAGGCCCACUAUUGCUACUGCUGGUGCCUGUUGGUGCCUGUUAAACAUACAUAGUUUUCUUGGUGCCUAAAAGAUAAAGGUAGAAGAUGGAAGGUAAAAAAACACAAGCAUAUCUUUAUAAUAUUUAAAUGUUAGUGUAAUCUUUUGUUAUUGUAGGAAAUUUACAUUUUCAAUUAAUUUGUUAUCCAAUGUGGCUGAAAUUAUAUUAUUGACCAUCAUUUUUGUUAUUAUUAUUAUAUCUAUUAAUGUUAUAAUGUAUUUUACGUUUGGAUUAUUGACUCUUCAUUGUGCAUUAAUAAAAAAUUCAUUUAUAAUAAAAAUAAUAAUCAUAAUGAUACGUAAUAUAAUUCUGGUCAUAUUAUAUGAUGUAUAUAUUAGUAAUGUGAUGGUUUUUAUGUAAGAUAAAUUAUUAUUUGAUGUGUUUGAACAUAUUAUUGAUGUGAAAUUGUAGUGGAACCAAAAUUAUAGUAACUAUUAUUAUUAUUAUCAUCAUUAUUAUUGUUGGAUCACAUACUGGUAGCCACAUCAGCACCAGGGGAAAAGGUACUGUGUUAAGCACCAUGCUGCCACACACCAGGGGCUCUGGCAUGGCACAGCUGGCCACACACAUCCAUGGCAAGGGAAAGGUACUGUCUCAAGCACCACCCUGCUACACACCAGGGGCUCCGGCAUGGCACAGCUGGCCACACACACCCAUGGCAAGGUUGCACUACACACACUGGCUUGCUAGCCCCUGUCCCUCCAUUAUAAAGCCACUUCCUACACUGCACUAACUCCAUCAGUAUAAUUUUGGUUACACUACAAAAGAAAUAAUUUUGAUUUACCCUGUUCACUUAAAUGCUCAAACUAAAUAAGUCUCAUUGCCUUCUACUUAACGAUAGUUGACAUUUGCAAUGGAAAUGCAAAUAAAAAAAAUCUUCCCCCAAUAAAUGUGAUGAAAGAAAGCCAAAUUAUAUAUAUAUGAAGACUUAGACUAUAAGUAUUUUGCAUAUAGACAUAUAGAUUUGUUAUUCAGGGAAGCAACCGUGUUUACAGUCUAUCAAUUAUCAUCAUUAUUAUUAUGAUGGUUACUAUAUGCAGUAGAACACUUGGGUAUUACUACGGGGUGAUCUGUCAUGUUUUGGUGUACCAUUAAGUGUCUGUGUAGUGUAUCGCUGGUGUUCCCCGAGUCACUCAGCAACAUUUUAUGUAUAUUUUGUUGUCAUCCAUUAUUCACAAAUCCUCAGCAGUGUGUUUGCAUUCAUUCAGCAGGGAAAGGAAUGGAAGAAGCUGAAAUAUAAAUAAGUAAUGGAAAUCAAUGCCAUGUUGUAUGCUGUAUAGGACAAGAAAAGAAAAUCCCAACUCAAGGAAAUGAAGAAAUUCAUAAUAGUAAAAGUAAAAAUAAAUGAAUAUAUGAAAUAGAAGGAAAAGAAAAACUGCAAUUAAACUAAAGGAAAAUUAUAAAAAUAAGAUAGAGAGCCGGAGAAAAGAUAAAAGUAAAAACAUGACCCAGAAAAUAGAAUAAUACAGCAUGCUACUAUAAAAAAAAAAUUAAUAAAUAAAGGGAAGGGAGAAGCAUGAUGUAUAUUUCAAACAUUAAAACAGCUGGAAAUGACAAGAUGAUGUUGAAAUUACAGUUAUAUUCAUUCUUUCCCUGCUGAAGAUUACAUUUUAGAAGGAAUUAUUGUAUCCUUAUCUGUUUGCUGUCAAUAACCUUAAGAAAAUGUUAUUUAGAAUAUUACUGCAAUUCUUUGCUUUGCUGAGAGAGAGAGAGAGAGAGAGAGAGAGAGAGAGAGAGAGAGAGAGAGAGAGAGAGAGAGAGAAGGGCAUCAGUAAGGCAAAGAUUAGGACAGAGCAUUAAUAGACUUGAAAUGAAGAGAUCAAUGUGAUGAGAAUAGAUUAAUAGGUAGUGAAGUGUUGUAUUGUAGUUACUCAUUGGUCACUCCAAGCUAUGAUAUGUAUUGAAUGGGUUAACAUAGAGAUGAAUGUAGUGAUAACAGAAUAAUAGGUAGUGAAGUGUUGUAGUGUUACUUGUCAGUCACUUCAAGCCCAGAUAAAAGUAUGUCCAUAAAGAAGCCUUACUACAAUGUGUGACUUGUAGGUACUCAUAGUAAAUGUAAAAGACACUAUUAGCUAGCCAUUACUGUGCUUUCAUGAGCUGCUCUGAACUCCCUGACUGCUGAUGCCCCAAUGAUGCUUGGUGGGUCUGCAGAGUGAGGAUAGACAACUUGGAGUGGGAAUGAAGUAAUAGACACUGAAGAGUUUGAAAUAUUCCAUCCACUCACUUUACCAUCAGUGGUACUCCUCUUACUAUCAGUGAUAUGUACUUGUCUCUCAAAAAUUACUGUAUACUCUUACACAACAUUUGACUAACUUGAGGGAAAGCUGUAGCAGUCAGGGAGUUGUGGUGUACACUCAGAUAGAUUUUUGGACAAACUGAAUAAGACAAGUCAUGUGAUGUGAAGUGAUGUAGUUUGAGAGAUUGAAGUGCAUAUUGGAAGUGCCUUACUAGAAGACCACAUUAAUGUACUGUAUAUAUAAAGUAGUGACAUUUAUACAGAGCGUCAUAUACUGAAAAGAUGCACAGACACACUAGACAGGUGAUGUUCUCACAGCAGAGUGAAGGUCACCGACUCUAAGCUUCAUGGGGUGGGUUAAGUCAGGUCAGGUCACCACUCUGUCUGUUUGUCAGUCUAUUGGGUUAUCUAUAUGAACAAAUAGCAACACUGAUUGGUUUAGCAGCCUGGCACCACAUCAUCACAGUCAUACAGUGCCACUGCAAAAUCAUAAAAAUUAUAAAAAUCACAGUAGAGUAAAAUAAUAGUAAAGCAAAAUGUUACAAACUUCUAAAAAUUGUAACGACACAGACUGUUAGAAGAAAGUAUGCUGUAACACUAUAAUAAAAGGUACAAAUAGUAACAAUGUACGCAGAUCUGAAACCUUUGCAGAGGAUUAAUGCCAGACCACAGUACUAGAACAUGAUGGUAUUUGUCUUCGGUGGUAGCUUGUCACCUGGCCAGUGUUGCCACAUUCAAGUCACUGUAGCCCCAGCAUUGAGGCAAAAAAUCACCAAGAGUAGUGACCCUUGCUUGCUGUGGCUCCGCAGUGGCCAGGCUAGCAGGUUAACACUCACAGCAUAGCAAGGGGUAAGUAUGGCACCAGGUAUUAAUACAAACCUAUGAUCUAUAAGUAAAUGCAUCUAACAUAACUGUAACAAGACUAACCCAGCCCAAGCACAGCAACGGUCACUGAUCCUCAACUGAUCCAGUAAAGGACGUGAAGUGUUAAGUUGUACUUGGUUCACAAGCCAGGAAGGGAGUUGCCCUGGGUGUGUCCUCCCUGACCUUGCAUUGGCUCACCAUGGCCAGUAGAAGGGGUGUGUUUCACACAAUUUGUAGCAUUCAGUAAUGCUGGAGACCAUAAAAUGAAUCACUUACAUAUUCAAGUAUUGUAUAUAUGUUGAUGGAAAAUAUUUAUGAUUAGUGUAUAUGUAAAGAAUAUGACUAUUAUUACUGCUAUUAUUAUUUUUACCUUGCCUUGUUAUGAAAUGUAAGACAUUUCAUGAACAUGAAUCAUUAUUAUCAUUAUUUUUUUUUUUUCUAUGUAAAUUUUAUAGGGAGUGUAUUUGGUGGGUGUGACAGGCAUUAAGUGUACCUCUGUGUGUGUGUGUGUGUGUGUGUGUGUGUGUGUGUGUGUGUGUGUGUGUGUGUGUGUGUGUGUGUGUGUGUGUAUUAGCAGGGUGUACUGUGUAGUGUAGAAGAGAAACUCUGUUGUAUAUAAUAAAUAGUACUAUAUCAAUAAAGAAUGGUUGCAAUAUAAA